UUGACCAAUGGGCCCGUUAUCACCGGGUUAAUAAGAUAACAUGUCAAUCUAUAUAUGAAUGCAUUAAGUUUUUUCUGUUUUCAGAACUCCAAUACAUACACGUAUAAAAUGAAGUUGGCCUUCGUUGCCUUGUUUCUCCUUCUUACUGACUACAUGGAGUCAGCAGGCACAAUUGAAGAUCUGGUUGUCCAUUACUACGACAAGAAUAUCAGCACAAUUGACCUUCUUAGAAGACUGAACAUGAGUUACGCGCGUUUUGAUGUGCAAGAUAUUAAAUGUCCACGUUUGUUUGAAUACUCGUGUGAGACAGUGUGCCCUUUAGAGAAUGAAGACCAGGAAAGAAUUUACCGCAAGGCGUGUUACUGCGAUAAGUUAUGUGUUGAGUUUGGUGACUGCUGUUUUGACUACUUCUUAAGGUGUACCGCUGCCAAAACAGCCGGCAAGCCUUGGGUUCCUAAAUUAACCUGCGUAACCUGCAGUUAUAACCAGCUGCCAUUCAUUACAGAUAACUAUGGUUACGCCAUGGUAAGUAGCUGUUCACAACAUAACGCCGACAAGAAUCUGGAAUCUUUGUGUACAUCUCCUAAAGCUGACUUCUUUGGAAUGCUGCCCGUGUCAGACUUUCAAAACAGGACAACAUACAAGAAUGUAUUCUGCGCCAGUUGUAAUCAAGCCAGUAACCUGACGUAUUGGAUUUUUGCUGCCUCGUGCGUAGGUUACACUUCUUAUGACAUUCCAACAAACAGAUCGCUGAUGCUGGCGUUCAUAAUGAGGAAUUGUCAAUGGGAUUUUGAGCCACCCCGCGGUCAUAGUGAAAAAGUGUGUCUAGCCGUAAAGGAAAAUUGUCCAGAUUCAGAACUUGUUGAUAAGGAACCACUGCUAAGAGAUUUAUGUUCAUUUUACUCCUUUCCAGUCUGUCCAGACUUCCAACCAAAGAACCCGCAUUGCGAUAUUUGCAAAGGAAAAGACAUAAGCCAGUAUUCAUGUAUAUGCAGAGAGACCUCAGGCGAAGUUGGAGGCCUUACACCACCGUCUUUGAAUAUCUUGUUUGCUUUUUCGUCCUCUUCUCAAUCAGUGGAAGUGGGAGAAAGGAAGAGCAUUGUAAGGAACAAAGUGUGCGCUGAGGGUUCCGUGUUUGACCCCUUCAAGGAGGAAUGCGUACAAAUUCAUGUACCCAUGUCAGUCCCCGAAAGGCCUAACAUAAACACUAGAGGUUCAAUAAACGGACCAUCUAUUAAGGGUUUUCCAGAUGGAACUUUCAUCAAUUGUUCCUAUGUCAAGAUGAACAUCAGUGCGGUAACUAUUCUGUCUAACGGCUCGAUUUGGAUUCCUUUACACAAAAAAAUAUACAACAAGGAAAGGUACGCCAUCAAUGGCUCGGCACUGCUCCUUUGCGCAGACUUCAAACGCGUUUACACUGAAACCGAGACGCUUGUUUCCAUGGAGAUAACACCACUUCAGAUAUUAACAUACACGGGCUGCACCAUCUCCAUGAUGUCUUUGAUUUCCCUCCUGGGUAUCUACAUUGCUCUGCCGGAACUCAGAACAUUACCUGGAGAGAACCUCAUGAGUCUAUCAUGUGCAAUGCUUUUGUAUCAUAUCUUCUUCUUAUUGACCGGUCAGACGGACAAACCAAAUCUUUGCAUGGCGGUAUCAGUCCUGCUUCAUUACCUUUUGCUGUCUUCAUUCUGCUGGAUGGGCGUGAUGGCUUUCGAUGUUGAAAAGACAUUUGGAGCAAAAGGAAAAGCCCGACCUCGUCAUGAUGACAACAGAAAAACGUUAGUAAAAUACAGUAUUUUUGCCUGGAUCACACCAGCUGUGAUCGUGAUUACUAGUGUAACUCUCGAUAAAACAAACACUGUCAUCAUUGGAUACGCUGAAGUAUUCUGCUGGAUUUCGAAUGGGAGAGCACUGCUACUGGUUCUUGGUGUUCCUGUGGCUAUGAUUUUGUUGUUUAACGUCGGGGCUCUUACUUUGACGAUGAUUUCUAUUUGGAAAGUACAAAAGACCACCCGCCGCGUGACAGAUCAGAGUAACCAGACCUGCCUGCCUAUCCUGUACAUCAAACUGUCAUCAGUAAUGGGAUUUACCUGGAUAUUAGGCUUUAUCGAACCAUUCACGAAAGUCGAAUUUCUUGCUUAUCUCUUCGUCAUUUUAAACAGUCUUCAAGGGUUCUUUAUCUUCCUCGCUUUUGUGGCAAACAAAAGGACGUUGAACAAAGUGAGAGCUGGCUGGAUGGCACGAUUUCAUCGAUUGGGAAAUACAGAUACGGCCACACCCCAGUCCAGAGAGACCCGCCCCAGCGAGCUCGUCACGUCGACUUUGUAGUUUAUUUGUGACAAUUGAGUUUUGCACGUUUGUAAAUUUAACGGCGUCGAAAGGAAAAAUUGUUGGUAACGUUCCCUAAAAUUUAACUGAGAACAAUUUGGCGUAAACUCGAUUUUCCAAUGGCAAGUUAAUGCUAAGCUCGGAGCAGUUGAAUAAGAAAAGAAUGAGAUUUUGAGGCCGUUUUUGAACGCCCAAGACAAAAAUAAUAAUAUGCUUAUUCAAACCUCUCGCAGUACAUAAGUAAGUACUGGAUUACAGGUUUGGUCAGCAGUAAAUAAUACCAAUAAUUAUACUUCAAUAUAAAUAUGAAAGUCACGGAUGUCAAGCAGUAGUGUCACAACCGAGGCACACUUGUUUGUGACGAAGUCACCAAACCUAUUGGCGGCACGGACAGUUAAUUAAAUUGCUAGGUCUCAAAGAAAAAGAAAAAAGAAAAAAAAAAAAAAAAACAGUCAUGCGGAAGAUUUGUGAAAGCUGUGACUGAAUUUUUUGAGGUUAGAAAAUCAUUUAUAAA